AUGAAAUAUACCGACAUUCGGACUUUUCUCAAUCACUAUCUGCUACGGCGGAUUGGCACGGACAUGCAGUCUUUGAUACAGGGCUUGGAGCCUGAUUCUGCGACGAUACGUGCAGUCACUAGGAUGAGAAGGCCUCGUGAGCUCACCGAUGAGCAGAAGGCAAGUGUCGAGGAAGGUUCCGAGCUCAAGGAAGCAAUUGAAAAACGAGAUAUAUUUUCCGGAAAGCUUCAUCGAGGCAAGAAAAAGACUGCAACUCAGCUCCAAAGGCUUGACCAGUUGAAAAGGAAGGUCACAAAUACGCGUAACAGACUAAUUUACGACCUGCGGAAGCGUGUACGAGAAGAAUUUGAUAGCCAACAGGCUGUCAUUGACAUCGAAAGGCAGCUCGCUGGAAGUGCACUCUAUGAACAAGAAACAAAAGAGAUACUUCUUACGGAGGAGCAUAUGCUCCCCAAGCAAAUCUUUCUGCUGGAAAAAUUGACAACCUGGUCGACGACGCUAUCUACGCGUCGAAAUGAGGCUGUUGAGGCUGUUGAGGCUGUUCGGAUGUAUUGCGAUGUUCUCGAAGGGGGACCACGCCGAGGUCGACGAUAUAAGAAACAAGCGAUUCCCACGAGGAAUAAUACAAGUAUGCCCAAUGAUCCGCCCCGCGCUGUCACCAGAGCGCCCUCUCCAGAGGAAAGAACAUCAAGCGCAGAAGCGAUAAUGAGAGAGGAUACGAAACCAUUUGAAUGCUUUCAAUGCUACGGAAUGAGACACUACUCUCGCCAUAAGCAUCUUCUGCGUCAUUUUAGAAAUUCACAUUUGACUGACCGUCAAUGCAACCAGUGCAACGAGGCUGUUGAGCAUGAGAUGGGACUACGCCGACAUAUGCAGGAUAAUCACGGAUUGAAGACCUAG